GGUAAGGUUAGAUACUGAGAUUAAGACGUUAGGUAAGGUAAGUUAAUGGAGGUAAGAUGUGUCGACCCCACCAGCACCCUGCCAGGUGCCCCAAACUGCUCUGCCCCGCGCCACUAAGGCACCCGACCUCUGUGGCAAGCGUCCCCAUUUGCUCUUGCAGCGACCCUGUCUGGACGGCACCUCAAACGGAUCUGACACAAGCUUCGUCCUCAGAACGAUCUCCAAAGGAAACACACCACAAACGAACCAAACCCCCUUCGCUUCCUCACACCCUUACGAUUUGCCAACCUCUGACGACACGACAGAGAGGUAGCAUCCUCCGAAAGCGACCUUCCUUCUCAGCCUCGUCUCGUCCGAUCCCCCCAGCGAGUUGGAUCAACCUACCUUCAGCCUCGUCGACCACCCCCACAUCGUGCUAUUGCAGCCCAGGUAGUGACGACAGCUACUCUACAGCAGUAGUACCCCACCUCGGAGCUUCGUGAACAUCACAGACGAGGAGCUCUCACCAUGGAGCAGACCAAAGCUCUCAAUGCUCUCGAGGUAAGCCACCAGACACAAUACUACGCACUCUGCUCAUCUACGGAUGCAAAUGCUAACGACCUCCCGUAACAGCCCUUCCUGGCCCUGAGCAAG